AUGCCCCCCACAAUCUCCGACAUUCAUUCCUUGAAGAGGAACGAGGCACUAGAGAUCCUCACCCAGAUCUCACGCGUUGAGAAGAAAACAUUCCCUACCAAUGAGGCAUUCCCAUUCGGCGAAGAGCUGUGGAGAAAGAAGCCCAACACGCGAGUUCUGUACGCGACUCAAUCUAGGGAGGGGAACGCCCCAGAGCUUAUCGCGUACGCCGUGUAUGUGCGCCAGAAAGGUGUAGCGCUCUUGCACAAAGUCUGUGUGAUCGAGUCCUGUCGACGACAGGGCAUUGGGGGCCUCCUUAUGUCCUACAUUCAGGAGCGCCUGCGAAGGGAAGGCUGCCAAUACAUCCAGCUAUGGGUAGACAAAGCCAGGGAGCCAGCACGGAAACUAUAUCAACGAUGUGGAUUCGAGGAGAAAGAACAAAUCCCUGACUACUACUCCCCUGGACGAGCAGGCAUUCGAAUGACCCUUGACUUGGAUCGUGGUGUAUGA